AUGGCUUCCUUGUCUUUGGAGUCUGCAGAACAAUCUGAGAAUAGCACGGAGGAGUCUACCCAAGAGGCCGCCCUGGUAAAAGAGGAGACGGAUCCGGAUGAAGUCUCAGAACAAUUGCUAAAAACUUUCCAGAACUCGGCGCUCAGCUUUUCGACAGAUCAAGUAGCAUGUCUGUGCGAAGCCCUUCUACAGGCGGGUAAUGUGGAUCGCCUGUGGAGAUUCCUAUCAACCAUCCCUCCUUCGGCCGAGCUGCUACGUGGCAACGAGACGCUCCUCAAGGCCCAGGCACUGGUCGCUUUCCACCGGGAAGAAUUCAAGGAGCUGUACGCAAUAUUGGAAAGCCGCGACUUCCACCCCAGCAACCAUGGGUUCCUGCAGGACCUCUACUUGCAGGCGCGCUACAAGGAGGCGGAGAGGUCCCGAGGUCGUUGCCUGGGCGCCGUGGACAAGUAUCGACUUCGGAAGAAGUUUCCCCUGCCGAAAACAAUCUGGGAUGGAGAGGAGACUGUGUAUUGUUUCAAAGAGAAGUCUCGCAAUGCACUGAAAGAGUGUUACAAAAGCAACAGGUACCCCACUCCGGACGAGAAGAAAAACUUGGCCAAAGUGACUGGACUCUCCCUCACGCAAGUCAGCAAUUGGUUCAAGAACCGACGGCAGAGAGACCGAACCCCGUCCGGUACCAACAGCAAAAGUGAGUCCGAUGGCAACCACAGCACAGACGAGGAGGGUGAUGACAUCUCAGACAAACCAGAGGACAUUGUGGGCUCCACAGCCUCCAUCUCCCUUUCUGGCACCCCCUGCAGCACUGGAGGCCAGCUCUUCCUCAACGGGGCAGGUGGGUUCCUCACCGCCUCCCACCCCUUACUCAUCAACGGGGGCUCCCUGAUCUCCGGGGCAGGGGGUGGGGUCAUCAUCAACGGGCUGACCCUGAGCGAUGGUCACACGGUUACCCUCAGCCCCAUAUCGGCUAACUCACCUCUGCUCUUCAAUGGAGCGCAGGUCAUAUCCAAGAGCAGUGAGGUUGUGCAGGAUAUGGGUCUUGAGGGCCAGGGGGUUAUGGCCAUGGAGGCCCAGCCCAGCUCUGCCAUCUCCCUCCCUCUGACAGAGGAUCUUAAGACGGACAAUGUAAGCCUGACGAACCCCUCAACCAUCCCCACCCUGGACUUCAUCAAUGUCCCAGAGGGGAUUGUUCUCAAAGCAGAGGACAUCCAGACAGUCUCUCCUUCCCCCUCCUCUUCCUCCUUGUCUUCCCCCUCAACAUUCUCCCCCACCUCCCUUCCCUCCCUGGUUCUGACUCAAAAUGGCUGCCUCUCCGACACCCUCACCCUUCCAGUCUCUAUGUCCUCUCCGGGCGUGGUCAUCUCCAGCCCUGUAGUGGGCCUCCCCAGCCAGCAGGGGGAGUAUGUGGUGUUUGCCACGGCUGGUUCUCAGCUCACCCCCUCCAGCUCCAUCUGCCAGGUGGUGUCCUCCUACAGCUACUCCACCCCACAGGUAUUCUCCCUGCCUCAGGUGGUGCCCUCCAUCCAGGGUGUCCCCGUAUCCCAACUGGUCCAACACAACCCUGGAGGCCAGAUGUCCCAGUGUCCCCAGUUAAUCCCUGUGUCCCCCCUCACCUCCUCUCUCCCCCAGGGCACCCUCUCCCAGUUCCAGGCCCACCAGACUCUGAACAUCGCCCCCCGCCUCGCCCAACCCCUCCCCCAGCAUCAUACUAGUUCCUCUACGUUGGGAGAGGGAACCCCCAUCCUCUCCCUGUCGCAGCUCCCCAACGGACAGCUCCCCCAGGGACUCGCACUCCAGCUGGGUGACCAGACCUCAGCUACCAUCCCCACUCUGACCCAGAUCCAGUCCCCACUAGGCCAUCACCAGAUCAUCUCUCAGUCCAAAGAGACAACCCCAGGCCAGUUGGUUCCCCUCUCCCUGCCCCAGCUGGUACCUGUCUCCUCCACGGGACAACUCUCCUUCCCUCAGAUGGGCCCGUCCACCCCUUCUCUAUCUGGAUCUGGUGGAGCCUUCCAGAUCCUAACCUCAGCCCCUGGAGGUGGGAUGACUCAGGGGCCCUUCAGGAUAAACCAGCUGGGACCCCUCCAGACUGUAGGCCCCCCGACCAGCAUGGCUCCUGGUGUCCAGCUCCUCAACUCUGGGGUCAUUCAGCUCCCCUCCGCCUCGCCAGGGAAUCUCCUCUAUGGUGGAAGCCCCAUCCUGAGUUACCAGAACGGCAAGCUGAUCCUAACUAUCCCAGCUGGCAUCCAGUUCGGCAGUCUGCCCAUGAAUCCCGUCCCUGAGGCUUCUAACCACCACACCAAUGGAGUAGGCUCUGGACUCACCCUCAACCCUGUCAUCCAACCUACACCUACCCUCCUCCCAGUCUCCACCUCCGUCCCAACGUCCAACACCCUCCAGACGUCCCCCCUCUGCUUCAUCAACUCCUCUCCGCUCUACUGCACUCCUGAGAUGGGUGUCCCCACCAAUCAGCCCCUCUCCACCACCUCCCCACACACCCUGGACCUCUCUGCCACCCACACUCCUCCCAAUGCCCUCACCCCAGAGAGCAUGCUCUCCCUCAGCCCCAUGUGCAGCGGAGUGACCCCCACCACUCAGCUCUCCCACACCACCUGGAGCCCUGUCCCCCUCUCCACCUCAGCCAGCCUGACUAUGUUUGACGUCCGUGGGAAGGGAGAUCUGCCCGAGGACCCGCCUCUGCUGGACCUACCUGGAGGCGAGGCCCUGCUACUAGGCAGCCCCUCUCCAGAACAGGAUGUGGACAGGGGGUCGCCGUUGGGGGACCCAGUGGAGAUGGAUGGAGACUCCAAGAUCCUCACCCAGCUACAAUCAGUCCCUGUGGAUGAUGGGUUGGGGCUGUAAUCCAGUCCCCCAGCCCUCACCACCACAAACUGUUACAGAACAAUCUGGAAGGUUUUGUUUGUCCGACCUCAGUGCUCCCCUGGCUAGGUUCGCAUUGAGGAGUGGACAGGCUUUGACUCGUAUGAGAAAGGUGCUUUGACUAAAUAAAUCCUUUGCCGAUGAUCCUUUGGAUAAACCGUCAUGGGAUUGGCUGAUUGUAUGCAACACGGAAUGACCUGGAGGAUGGCCUUUCAUACAGGCUAGCCUAUUCCCUGAUUUCUGUUACUCAACUGUCCACUGCUUAGUCUCCACAAUUUAAGCACUCAUCUGCCUUCCAUAAGCCUAGAGCCCUUCCUGUGUCCAGUCAGAGCACAACGUUUAUUUGUAAGGACAUUCUGCUACUUUUAUGCACAGAUGUCCGUUUCAGCCAAGACUAUUUGUACUACAAGGGAAUGAAUGCCUCGGGUUUUAUUUGGUGUUGGUUGAGCAGUAUGCCACGGCCAGGCUCUGUCUUAAGUCUCUAAACACAGUCAAAUGCAGACAGACAAGUGUUCAGUCCUGUUGAGUUGGUGGUUCUGAAUGGCUGCUCACUCUAGUGCUGGUGUAGUUUGAGUGCUGCUUUGAGUAUUGGCCUCUCUGAAGGCAACAGAGAGUGGACUGACAGUGGCACCAGAGACCCCGGACCUCUAGCAUUGAGAUGGACUGUGUACUCCUCUCUGUCAAAACUGGUCAGCAGUGUCACCGCAUCAAGGGCGCAGGCUCAUCAUUUAACUACAGGUUGGUAUAAAUGCUAAGCGCUAUGGCAUCUGAGGUAUGUAGGAGGAAAUGGGAGUCCCCUGAGAUUUCUUUAAAAAAAAAAAUGUACUCUAUGCAUGCAUUGAUUGCAUAGAGUAAUUUUUUUUUUUAAAGAAAUCCUCGUGUAAAUAUGACCAUGUGACACAGAUAUGACAUGUAUUACAAACAGUAUGUAAGCAAGUCUAAUUGGGAUAGACCAAGCUUUAUUAAAGACAGCCUUUUUAUACACUAUGAAAUCUAAUGCGCGUGCACUACAAACGCCUGAUCACAUUGCUGGAUAUUUCUAGUUGAAUGCGCCACAAUCGUACACUACAUUGUAUAUUGCGUCUAUGAAUGACUUUUUUUGUGUGUUCUUAUUACUUGUAUGGGUUUGAUCUAGACCUAGUAAGUGCCUUAUUAUCCAGUUGCUGAGGUUGGUGGGCCAGUGUGUUUUUGCCUUAUGUAUCUUCAAAGUGAAGAAUGUGUUCUACUCUUGACAAAAUGUAAGCAUCAUUGAUACAAGCUACUUCCCACAUUGAUGUUGAAUGUGAGUUUUGUGAUAACCCUUAACCCUCUUGAACUCCAGAGAAACGUAAUCGAAUGCUCUGUCGCGCGGCAGUUGCUCGUUUAGCGUGACUAACGCCUACCAUGACAUAAAUCACCAUUGAGAUCUCCCUCAUUGUACGUUUUGCACAUUUUCGUCCUUGUCAUGUUUACGUCUUUGGUGAUGGCCAGAUUCUAUUCUGAAAACCUGCUGCCUUUGCUCUGUUCUUGACUAAUUGCGCUCACUGUUCUGAAGGGGACGGGAUAGGUCGAAUCAGCUGGUUGAGUUUCAGGCAGCCUCUGUCUAUCCUGAUAUCAGCAACAGUGAGUCAUGAAGCCCUGAGAGCAGGCGACAGGUCUCCUAGAAUGGAAUGCUAUCCAGCGAGACGUGGUGCAGAUGUUCUCUCCAUAAACUUUUUCAAAUACUCACCAUCUCUCUCUAACCACAGCACAGAUGGCAAUUAGUUCUCUGGCCAAUGGUACAACACUACUCUUCAGUGUCACUCCCAACUGUAUGUUUUUGUUUCUUGUGUAUUUAAAGCAUGUAUCAAUCAUUUUCUAGUAGUAACUUUGAAUGGAAAAAACGAGCAGUCCAUGAGGAAAUUGGACAGGAAAAAGCAUCGAUGGACCUUCCCAGAGGCUGGCUGGUUGUACAGUCUCAGAAUAAUGUGUACAGUCGUGGCCAAAAGUUUUGAGAAUGACAAAUAUUAAUUUUCACCAAGUUUGCUGCUUCAGUGUCUUUUAGAUAUUUUUGUCAGAUGUUACUA